AUGUUCAAUAUGUGGUUGCCAGGUGGAAAUUUCCAUGAUGGGAGAUCAUAUCUGCGCCGGCCCAACAACAGCCAAAGAAUCUGUUCUCCGCAAACUGGAGGAAUCACUGACUGGUUGCCAGGUCAAACAUACGUGCACCGUGGCCAAUUGACGCCUGUAAGCCAACCGAGCGGGUCGCGGGAAGCAUCCCCAAUAUACACCAGCAAGCGCGAGAAUUUUCGCAAAGCCCAUGAAAAUUUCGGCUCUAGGAAACCUGUUGACGUCGGACUGGAGUCGCCAACGUCUUUCAAUCCAGCUGCGCGGUCGAGAGGAUAUGGUGGAUUCGAAGAAACGAGCAGAGAAAACGUUGAUAAGCCGCUCAGCGGAGGGUUUAUGAAUAGACUGAAUGUCUCUGUUCCAGGCCCGUUUGAUCCCGCAAGAGGACCAUCAACGGCUCAGAGCCCAUAUCAUCAACAAAAGAACUCGAUCGAAAAAUUAGGUCUUUCAAAAGAACCGCUGCUGCCGAGACAUCCCCGAAAGGAUGGAUAUGGCGGAUUCGGAGCACCAAAGAAUGCAACUUCGAAUGACUUAGCAGGCUUUGGCCGGUCCGAAACAUAUCCUAAGCUAUCUCCAACAAAAAAUUCCUUCCAGACACAGCGGACACCCUCGGCUCCAGCGUCGCCUCCCGAGCGCUCACGUAUUGGAGUUGACUAUGAACAUGCUUAUAAGAAACGGUCGCUAGGCCCAGAUACCUCACGCAAGCCUCCCCCUCGCACAAGCUUGCUGCCAGAACACAGCCUGAGAAACAAGGGCUCGGUAGAUUUGGCGGCGGAAUUUGGAAUCGGGAAUCCAUAUCAUUCAUCAUCCGAUUCAGUUUCGUCGAGAUACUCUGAUUUCAGUCGCACUAGCCGAAGCACUGCUCUAACGAGCCCAGCCAGGUCGGAAACUUGUCCGGCUGAGCAAAGCCGGGAAACGAAUGAAGGUGGUUUCCCAACGGACAGGCUCAAGUCAAAUGACUCGCGCAUCGAUCCUUUUGUGGGAGCACCUCAAAACACCCAAUUUGACGGUGCGUCGCGGUCUAGGAACAAGUCACGAGAGCCAAUCUCUAGAGGGGGAUACAGCUCCUCUCCGCCCCAGGAUGGAAAUUACAUGCCGCCGGACUUGAGAAAUAAUCAUGCACGAACCGGGUCUACUUCGUCGCGAAGACAGGGAAUUCGGGAACGACACGCCACGCCCAACCCGCUGGAACUUCCAUCUCGAGGAGACUGCAAGGCUUGUAGAUUACCCAUAAGGGGCAAGAGCAUUUCCUCAGCCGACGGCAGACUGACUGGGAAGUAUCACAAGUCUUGCUUUAUUUGCACUACUUGUGCCGAGCCAUUUCCAUCGUCCGUUUUUUAUGUGUUGGACGACAAACCCUACUGCAAGCAGCACUACCACGAGCUCAAUGGCAGUCUCUGUGGUCAAUGCAGGCGUGGCAUUGAGGGACAGUAUCUGGAAGACGAGGCGAGAGUAAAAUAUCACGUCGGCUGUUUUCGAUGCUUGGACUGCGGCCAAUCUUUGUCAGAGGGGUACUUUGAGAUUGGCGGCUCUUCUUACUGCGAGAAAGACGCGUGGAAACGCGUAGAACAAGUGCUCAAACCCCUACCUCCAGAGCCGGAGCCGUAUCAACGCCGACCAUCGCGUGGCGUCGAUGGCACUCGAAUUCCGCAGGGCCUCCCCUUCAACCCAGCACCUCGUUUUGGGCAAGGACCACCUCCACCGCCACCCAGCGGCCUUCCAAAUGGCGGUCGCUCUGGGGCGGGCGCGAGUCAGCCGUUCGGUAUGAACAAGCGUAUGACGCGCUUGGGCAACAUGAACUUGGGAAGACACAUGAUUUGA